AUGCGUUGCGAAGGCGUGCCCCCGGAAAAAGUAGCCAGCAGAGAGACGCCGAUCCGUGAUAACACAGCGGUACUGCUGCUCCCACCUUCACCUUCCCACGCCAUUAUGUACAAUGGUUUUGAGACGCUGCUCGUGUCUUUCCCGGCACGACACGUUCUGCAUGUACAGAUAAAUCGGCCGAGCAAGAGGAACGCCAUGAACGCAAAGUUUUGGAUAGAGUGUCGGGAAUGCUUCCAACUCAUCUCGGAGGAUGCCGACGUGCGGGCGGUUGUGGUGUCUGGGAUGGGCGACCACUUUUCCGCGGGAUUGGACCUGUCCGACACGACAAACUUCGACGCCAUCGGGAGGGCCACGAAGGACGUCGCUCGACGAGCGUUUCGUUUCCGAAAGCUUGCUUUGGCGAUGCAGGAGUCGUUCACGGCCGUGGAGCGUUGCCCCCAGCCCGUGAUCGCGGCGAUCCACGGGGCGUGCGUGGGAGGAGCGGUGGACUUGGCUUGCGCCUGCGACAUUAGGCUCUGUUCCGAGGACGCGGGAUUCUGCGUCUCUGAGGUCAAGGUCGGCCUAGCGGCGGACGUGGGGACGCUACAACGAAUGCCCAAGAUAGUGGGCAACGAGUCGCUUUGCAGAGAGCUCGCCUACACUGGACGCACGUUCGGAGCGGCCGAGGCAUCACGCAUGGGAUUCGUCUCCCGUGUCGUCGCCGCCCCCGAAGCAACAACUGCCGCCGCCGCCGCCGCCGCAGCUACUACGGCAGGUGGUAAACCGCGUGCCGGGGCGGCAUCGGCGGCGUCGGCACGAGUAUCACCCCGUCGCUCCCAGCGAGCAGAAGUCGUCGCCGCCUCGAUUCUGACGGCCUCGGAGAUUGCCAGGCAAAGCCCCGUCGCCGUGUUCGGGACCAAGCGUAACCUUCUCUACGCGCGGGACCACAGCGUGGAUGAUGGGUUAGAGUAUGCGGCGACGUGGAGCGGGGCGGCACUCCAGGCCGGGGAUUUGAGCACGGCCAUGCGUGCGGCGGCUGGUAAUCCGAAACAAAGUAGUAGGAGAGAGGCGGGAGCGGGAGCAGAGGCGGGUUCGCACCCGCGUUUCUCGAAAUUAUAGCGGUCUGCGGCAGGGGUUUGGGGGGGGUUGCCAAUGACUCGAGGGUCAAGGAAACAGGGCGAAGCGGCGACGAAGGCAUUUAAUUCGUCGGGUGUACAAGUUUUACCGAAGGGGGGGAGUAUGAUUGUGGUUGAUUGUCUCGAUCUUUGCACUGCCGUACGUCGUGUUGCCCAGCGUAUUUUAUGGUGUUUUGCGUUUGUGUGCCUUGCCGGUGUUGUUGCGGCAUUGAUACGGCCUGAGGUACCAUGCGCAGUUUUGAAUUUUGGUGUGUUGUUAUCCCAGAACUGUAUUCAUCAUCAGCAACGCGUGGACGACGGAUGGAUGCAUGAAUGAUAGAAAUAACAGGCGGCAGAAAGUUACGAGGGAUAUUUGUCGUCUGUGCUACGGGUGAGGGUGUGUUUGUUGAUCAAUGUUGGAUUGGUUUCAGGGACUCAUGGACAACAGCACAAGAUUGACUUGCACAGGGCACGCUAUUUAUGGACGCUGUGCUAUCGUCCACCUACCCUUACCUUCCCGGGAACACACAGACAAGACUUUGUGUGCUGAAGGAGAUCAAGGGAUGGGAGGAGGAGGAGGAGAAGGAAGGCCGUAGCGUUGACCACCAGAACCUUAGGGGGUGCAUCAACGUAUGUCACUGUGGGCCACUGGUUCUGGCGUGAGGUUCUCGGUACCUGUGUUCAACGUGUAGACUGUGCAGUAUCAACGGGUAUCGCACGUUGUACUUCUGGUUUUAACGGAGGCCCGCUUGGCUGGUACUUUGUUAAGGUUUUGCUUGGCUUAUACGACCUUCAGCAGAAAUCUUUGGCUACAUUCACGAGAUCCUUCAGGGUCAUCACACAAUACUAUGCAGGUGUCAGAGGCGUCUAACGGCGGGUCAGGGCCGACCGUGUCUUCGUAAGAUAGCCUUGGGCGAGGAACGAGAUGAGGGCCAGGUUGUUUCUGCUGGAGAGAAGCAAGGUUGGCGAGGUACUGUAGUUUUCCGGAUGAUGGAUGAAAUGAAGGGAAGGGAAGAGAUUGAUUGUUGGUUGGUCCUGCAAGCCGCGGUUUUGCCUUACUUGAGUGUUGGGGCGGGGUCUGUGUGUUGUAGAAGGUGUACAUCCACGCGACAGCAGGGAAGGGGAAGCCCGUCAGGCAUGGGAAGGUAUGGGGGGGCAUCGGAUGGCACCAUUCGUCUUCAUUCUGGAGGGUCGUGAGAUGGACGGAGCCAUUGCAUAGUCGGUGGAUGCCAAAUAUUGAUCUAAUCGUCGACGCCAGCCAGUAAGGACACAGGCUGCCCUCGUUAGAAGGAGGCCAGGUCGGGGAAGUGUUUACCUACUACCGAGGGCAAGCAGUCUUCUUCUUGUGCGGGCUUUGAACGAGUCGAAUCCAAAGAACGCGGUUUCUUGCUGUCCAGCAAUCAACAAACGGAUCAACAAUAAUAGAG